AUGUCAAACGGGCGAGAGAGUAUGGACAAGCCGUCCCAUUUUGACCGAGUAGACCCUUCAUACCUCUUUGAAGAAGAGACGUUGAGUGGCUACAAGCCCAAGCACUAUUAUCCUGUCAAGUUGGGUGAGGCACUCUACGGCCGCUACAGAACCAUCGGCAAGCUUGGUUUUGGAUCUGCAUCAACUGUCUGGCUGUGUAAAGAUCUUCAAAAACAGUACGACUAUGUCGCGGUCAAGGUGUACAUCAACUGCUCCAAAUACCAUCGAGAACUUCCCAUCUAUGAGGAGAUCAACAAUCUACAGUCUUCCCACCAAGGACGAAAUCAUGUGCGGAAGAUGUACGACUCUUUCGAACUCAAGGGACCGCACGGCACUCACAUCUGCCUCGUACAUCAACCGCUCGGAAUGAGUCUUGGCGAGCUGCGAGAGAUGACUUCAGAAGGACGUUUCAGCCCUGAACUUGUCCGGCAGGCAUUACGGUGCAUUCUUACAGGCCUCCAAUUCCUACACAAAGAAGCGAGAAUAAUCCACACCGACCUUCAGCCCUCAAACAUGCUCCUCGGCAUCCACGACGAUUCCGUACUUGCCCAGUUUGAAAAGAACGAACAGGAGCACCCAUGCCCACGGAAAGAGCUCGAGGAUCGCACCAUCUAUAUGUCAAGACCAAUGCCGCUCACAAAGGGAGAGCCGUCGAUAACAGAUCUGAGCGAAGGCAGAUUCGGAGAUUGUACACACACGGAUCGAAUUAUGCCUAAUGUCUAUCGCGCACCCGAAGUCAUACUAGGGCUUCCUUGGAGCUAUCCAGUCGAUAUAUGGGGAUUUGCAAUGGUGCUAUGGGAUCUGUUCCAGCCAGACCGUCUGUUCGUGCCUAAGGAUUCAGAAGGACGAUAUUCCGAGGCCCAUCACCUUGCAGAAAUGAUAGCCAUCAUGGGCCCACCUCCAUUGGAAUUCCUACGGCAGUGUGGCGAGAAAGCAGACAAGUACUGGGAUACCCAUGGCACUUGGAGAGGUGUGGUCCCAAUCCCGGAUCGGAAUCWGGAGCGAUUGGACCAAAAAACCCAGGGCGAAGAGAAAAAGUGCUUCAUUGAUUUUAUGCGGAAGAUGCUGCAAUGGGAUCCGAAAGCCCGCGAAGACUGCGAAAGUCUGUACUGGGAUGAAUGGUUACUGGAUGACUUGAUCAAAAGUGGAGAGGUCGUUAGAGAGGAUUAA